AUGGUGGAAACGAGGCGGGGUAAGAGGAAGAAGGAGAAUCCACAGGGAUCAAAGAAGAAAGAAAAAUCCGCGAAGAAAGCAAAGUACGGAGCGAUGGAGAAAAAGACGACAGAGAAGUCAGAAACGACGGCUCUGGAGAAGACGAGCGAUGUAUCGGCGCCGAUAAAUGUUCUCGUGGAUGUUGCAGCGACGGUUGAUGCAAGAGACGACUCUGAAUUGAGAAAAUCUGAUCUUCCUGAGGCUCGUCCCGCUGCUCCGGUGAGUCGGAGUGGAGAAUUGGAGCACGAUGAAGCGAACGUGGGAGAAGAGAAGUCGGCUGCCUCUGAUGAAGACAACAAAGUUGACGACGGAGAAGAGAAGUCAGCUGCCUCUAAUGGAGACGUCGAAGGAGAAGAAAAGUCAGAUGCCUCUGAUGAAGACGUCGAAGGAGAAGAAGAAUCAGAGGAAGAAGUAGGAGAGAAGGGAUUAGCAAACAAUGUAGAGGAAUCUGGCGAUGACUCUGCUGGUCAAGGUGAUGGUGGUGUGGGAGCAGUAAGACAAGAGACUGCGAACGAAGAGGGCGGAAGGCCAGCGGAAGAGGGUAUUGACAGCAUCAUUCCCACCAAAACUCCACAAGAAAGAACUCUCUUGGAUGACAUUUUGGAAGAUGAAGACGAUGUUGAUAAGCAUGAUAUAGCUGUGGACAGUUGGGAAAAGCGUCUGGAUGAAGCAUUGUCGAUCUUUUUUAAAGACAUGUUUGAUGAAGAUGUGGCGGCGCGAGAAAAACAUGCAGAAGAGAUAGAAGAUGCAGCAGGGGAUGGAGUACAUUUAGCUGUGCAGUCGAUUGAACAGGGAGAGGGUAUGAAAAUGCUGAAAACGAUGCUGAGACUGAUCAAGAGAGUUGACAAGAAGGUUGACCAAUUGGAUGAGAUAUUGGUCCCACUUGAGGCUUUUGUGAAGGACGUAGAGAAACAGAAACAAAGAAAGAAGUGA